AUGUCCAUGGAGCAGGAUCAGCACAGGCAUCUGCAGCAGCAACAGCGAAGGUCGAAGCUUGCCUGCGGCGAGAUAAACGCCCGUCUAGAGCAGUAUCAGGAACAUGGGUCGGGUUUCGCGCUCAUCGCCAUCCAACAAUGUAGCAUCACAGUUGGACGUUUCAUUCCCCAGACGGUCGGAUGUCAAAGUUUCACUUUGCAGAAGGAACUGGCAGAAAAACAGUGUAUUUUGAAAGUGAACGAACGCAAUAAGAACUCCGAAAGAAAAAUGUUCUUCACCUUUUCCUUGCUUGCGGGGUUGCAUCACACUCAACAUAAAACGAGAACUUCCUCAUACAGGGACCAUCUGAGCACAUACUCGUUUCCUAUAAACUAUCCAGUGACGCUUCCAGAAGACGUAGAGUUUUUCGAAAGAAAAAAUCACGUGUCCAUCAACGUGUACGGUUACGAACAGGAAAAGAAGUUUGUCUAUCCUCUCAAAAUCAACGAUCACGAGUUGGAAAAGCAUGUAGAUUUGCUUUUGAUUGACGACCACUUUGUCCCCAUUACCAACUUCGCCGGGCUUUUCGAAAACAGGGCAAGCUACCGACUCCGUUGUAAAAGAUGCAUGAUGGGUUUUCGUUUUCGGACUUCUCUAACCAGUCAUUUCGCCUUGUGUAAAGAAAAAAAGCGAGUCCGAACGGUGUCUCCUAAAAAAGGGGACGCGCUUUAUUUCCGUAACACACACCUCAUGGAGCCUUUCUCAUACUUCUGCGUCUACGACUUUGAGGCCAUCUUGAAACCGGAAAACACGGGUCACGUUUACGAGAGUCACGCACCCAGCUCGUUUUGUAUUCUAGUGAUUCGUUCUACAGACUCACGAAUCAUGGAACAUUUCUUGUAUCGAGGCGAGGAUUGUGUCGAGCAGUUCAUUUCCAUUCUCAAUCAAAUGUCCAAACUCAUCCCCGAGUGGAUUAGGAGCGAUCUCACGACGGUCAAAAAGACACAGAACUCCGACAGUCACUGUGAUGUAUGUGGCGAGUCGUUCGACAGACGUAAAAGAAAGGACAACGAUAAUUUUACCGGACCUUACAGGCUGUGCCAAGGCUGUAAUUUAAACGACAGGAAUAACAAAAAAGUCAUUCCCCUGGUUGCACACAACCACUCGCACGACCUUGCCUUCAUUUUACCGAAACUACAUUUAUUCGAGUCGAAAGAUAUCAAGGUUCUCGCCAGUAGCUGUCAACAGUUUAAGCGACUCGACGUGGGUAACCUACGGUUUCUCGGCAGUCUAGCUUUCCUCCCCGCGAGCUUGAACGCACUUGUGCAGGGCCUCCAUUCCAAAGGCUUGGAAAACUUUCGCUGCCUUCGUGAAGCGUUUCCUCAACAUAUUGAGUUGCUGGCACGUAAGGGUGUGUUUCCCCACGAUUACAUAACCGACUUCAGCGUCUACGAUGAGCCCGAGUUGCCACCACGUGAGUCGUUUUACAACAAGCUUAACGACGCUCACAUUUCUGAGAAGGAUUAUCACCAUGCCCAGGUCGUUUUUGACACGUUCAAGUUCAAAAACGUGGGAGAGUACAGUGACUGCUAUUUGAAACUCGACUGCUUACUUCUAUCCGACGUAAUGCAAAAUUUUAGGAAAUGGACCCUGGAAACCUACGAGAUCGAUCCCCUGCGUUUCGUGUCGCUUCCUGGCCUCAGCUUGGCCUGUGCGCAUUAA